CAGGGGAUGGCAGGGGCAGAGGCAGGUCUUGGUGUAGGGGAUGGCAGCGACAGAGGCAGGUACACGGACAGAUGCAGGGGAUGAUGGGCUGGUACAGGUCCCGGCAUGGGCGCAGAGAUUCAGAGCGUGUACUUGUGAGUCUGUUCCCAGGCCUGGAGAAUGUUCAGAGGACUCUGGUGUUGGCUCCCUGCAAUAACCCAGUACAUUUGAACCCACAGGCUGGUUGUGCAAUAACCCAGUACAUCUGAACCCACAGGCUGCAGCCUAAUUUGCAGACUCGGUGGGCAUGUGGGGGCAAGUGAAUGGAUGCGAUGGCAUCUUCCAAUUCAUGGUGGUCGUCUCAGUUGCUUAGCCAGAUAUCUGGACUGACCUUCCCUAUCCAGGGCAGACGAGGAGCCUGCCGUCAGAAGGCUUCGAGCCUUGCUAACGGAGCUUAGAGCCCAGCGAGGGAGCAUACUCGCCAACCCCGUGCGGGCGGUGCCCUUGAAAGCAUCGUCCCUUAGUGUAGCGUCUCUUGCCAAACAGGAAAGGUCCAGUUCGACUUAUUUAACUUGACACUCACACUUGGGUCUCACCGUCCUUCUACUUUGCAGUUAACGAGUUUAAAGAUCCGGUUAAGCCAGGAAAGCCGACGCGGAAUCUCUCCGACCCCAACCCUCGCGCGCGGGGCCGAGAAUGCCGCUCAAACUCUUCGAAGUUUGAGCCUCGCUGCUCUCCGUUUUCCGACGCCGGUGUGGCCGCAUUCCCGCGCUUUCGGGCGUGAGGGGUCAGAGGGCGCGCCGCCGCGCAGACGCAGGGAGCCGAGGCUGCGGCGGCGGCCAUGAGCGAGGCGGGCGGCGCUGAGGAGGCCUUCCGGCACGCGGGGACUAAAGAGGAGUUCGUUAAAGUCAGGAAGAAGGACCUGGAACGGCUGACAACCGAAGUCAUGCAGAUCCGGGACUUCUUGCCCCGAAUACUAAACGGGGAAGUGCUGGAAAGCUUCCAGAAAUUAAAGAUUGUAGAAAAAAAACUGGAAAGGAAAGAGCAAGAAUUAGAGCAACUGAGAAUGGAUUGUGAGCACUUCAAAGCCCGCCUAGAGACCAUGCAGGCUGACUGCAUGAGAGAGAAGAAGGAGAAACUUGCUCUUCGACAGCAGCUGAAUGAAGCAAAGCAGCAACUCCUGCAGCAGGCAGAAUACUGUACGGAAAUGGGAGCAGCAGCCUGCACCCUUUUGUGGGGCGUCUCCAGCAGUGAGGACGUCGUCAAAGCCAUUCUGGGAGGAGAUAAAGCUUUGAAGUUUUUCAACAUCACUGGUCAAACAAUGGAGAGUUUUGUGAAGUCACUGGAUGGGGAUGUCAAGGAGCUUGAUUCCGAUGAAAAUCAGUUUGUGUUUGCUUUGGCUGGGAUCGUAACAAAUGUUGCUGCCAUAGCACGUGGUCGCGAAUUCUUGGUUAACUCAAGUCGGGUGCUGUUGGACACCAUACUGCAGCUUCUGGGAGACCUGAAGCCAGGACAGUGUACCAAACUCAAAGUGUUACUGCUGAUGUCCCUGUACAACGUGAGCAUCAACCUAAAAGGCUUGAAGUACAUCAGCGGGAGCCCGGGAUUCAUCCCGCUGCUGUGGUGGCUUUUGAAUGACCCGGACGCAGAGGUGUGUCUUCAUGCACUGCGACUCGUCCAGUCUGUGGUCCUGGAGCCAGAAGUCUUCUCCAGGUUGGCCUCCGAGUUCUGCAGCUCCUUGCCCUGGCAGCUCAUCCUGGCGAUGGCCAAGAGCCGCAACCCGCACCUGCAGACCGUGGCCCAGGAGCUCCUGGAGGACCUCCGUGCCCUGGAGCGUGAUGCAUAGGGGCGCUCGGUGUGUCCCUUCCCCUCCCCCAAGCCCCCACUUUGUGUUCUGAAACCAUCACCGUGCGCCAUGUGUUAUAGAGGGUAGAAUGUGAGUGACUCGAGAGGGAUGUGAAUGCAUAUGUAUCCACACAACUUCCUCCUGGAAGGGAAAGUACCUGUGGGUGGCUGGUUAGCCUGGCCAAGGGGCAGCCUGGGGAAGAAUCCAUCCUUCUGGAAAGGCCCAUGUCCUGUACCUGGAAGAGGGCCGUCUUCGAGUGGCUUCUGCUGCUCAGUAGAGUGGGUUCCCCUGCACAAAGGGGAUGAAAUAACCACCUGCCCCGUUGGUCAGCAUUUUCCUGAGAUACAUGUUUUGAAAAACAA